UCUGACCUGGUGGAAUGAACUCCAAAUGUACUACAAGUCAACAUUAUCAUCCAUUCUGGAAGUUGGCAGACAUCCAUAAUGAGGACUUCCAAAAUGCAGACCUCCAACUCUAGAUCUGUGCACUUGAGUGAAUGGCAGAAGAAUUAUUUUGGAAUCACAUCUGACAUAUGUUCUUCAGGACAGAAGGCAGAUGCAUACCGUGCCCAGAUACUGCGCAUUCAGUAUGCAUGGGCAAACUCAGAGAUCUCCCAAGUCUGUGCUACCAAACUGUUUAAAAAAUAUGCCGAGAAAUAUUCUACAAUUAUUGAUUCUGACAACGUUGAAACUGGCGUGAAUAAUUAUGCAGAAAACAUUUUCACUUUGACAACAUCUCAGCAAGCUGACAGUGACAAGUGGCAGUCUGGAUUGACAAUAAGUAAUGUUUUCAAACUGAGUAAUGUACAAAAGAUGAUGCAAGCUGGCAAAACAUUCAAAGACUCUCUAUUGGCACCUGCUGACUCAUCGGUAGUAAUCUCUAAGGAGGCCAGUGCCUUUGAUUCUCCAAAAUUUAGUGUGUAUGGUUUUGGAGAGAAUAAACUUUCAACUGCCACAAGUCACAGUACAGAUAGGGCCCAAGCCAGCCCAGAAAAUGUAAGUUCUUUAGAGUGUCCUCAGAAUACACAGGCACCGAUGGUGACUAACACUAGUAAAACUUGUCCUGCGUUCUCAGUGCCUUUAGGUGAGUCAGCCACCGCAAAAUUCCAUGCCACACAAUUAUUUGGAAAUGUUAAAAAGGAAAGUCACGACUCUCCAAAAGCCAACAUGGGACUAAAUAUGUCCUCAUCCAACCAGUCUUGUUUGCCUCCUGGCUGUCAAAAUUCCCAGGAAAAGAAGGCUUUUUAUAGUGUUGGUACCAGUUGCAUUGAUACACUUUCCAAUCCAAUUCUGAAUAAGUCUUUUAGUAAAAUCGAAGAUAAUUGCCAGAGAGAGGAAAACAGCCUGCCUACUUUUAAAACUGCUAAAGAACAAUUAUGGGUUGAUCAGCAAAAAAAGCACCAACCUCAGCGGGCAUCAGGAUCUUCAUAUGGCAGUGCAAAAAAGUCUCUGGGAGCUGGUAGAUCUCGAGGAAUAUUUGGAAAAUUUGUUCCUCCUGUACCCAAGCCGGAUGGGGGAGAUCAGAAUGGUGGAAUGCAGUACAAAUCUUAUGGGGCAGGACCUACAGAACCAGCUUAUCCGGUGGAUGAGCGUUUGAAGAACCUGGAACCAAAGAUGAUUGAACUUAUUAUGAAUGAGAUUAUGGAUCAUGGACCUCCAAUAAACUGGGAGGACAUAGCAGGAGUAGAAUUUGCCAAAACCACAAUAAAGGAGAUAGUUGUGUGGCCCAUGCUGAGACCAGACAUCUUUACUGGUUUACGGGGGCCUCCUAAAGGAAUUCUGCUCUUUGGGCCUCCUGGGACUGGUAAAACUCUAAUUGGCAAGUGCAUUGCGAGUCAGUCUGGGGCUACAUUCUUCAGCAUUUCUGCUUCAUCUUUGACUUCUAAAUGGGUAGGUGAGGGAGAAAAAAUGGUCCGUGCAUUGUUUGCUGUUGCAAGGUGUCAGCAACCAGCCGUGAUAUUUAUUGAUGAAAUUGAUUCCCUGUUAUCUCAAAGGGGAGAUAGUGAGCAUGAAUCUUCUCGAAGGAUAAAAACCGAAUUUUUAGUUCAAUUAGAUGGAGCUACCACAUCCUCUGAAGAUCGGAUUCUCGUGGUAGGAGCAACCAAUCGGCCACAAGAAAUUGAUGAGGCUGCCCGGAGAAGAUUGGUGAAAAGACUUUAUAUUCCUCUCCCAGAAGCUUCAGCCAGAAAACAGAUAAUAGUCAAUCUGAUGUCCAAGGAGCAAUGUUGUCUUAAGGAAGAGGAGAUUGAACUGGUCGUGCAGCAAUCUGAUGGAUUUUCUGGGGCAGAUAUGACACAGCUUUGCAGAGAAGCUUCUCUGGGUCCUAUUCGCAGUUUACAAACUGCUGACAUUGCCACAAUAACACCAGAUCAAGUCCGACCCAUAGCUUACAUUGAUUUUGAAAAUGCCUUUAGAACUGUUCGACCCAGUGUGUCUCCAAGAGAUUUAGAACUCUAUGAAAACUGGAACAAAAUGUUUGGCUGUGGAAAAUAAAUGGUACAGUUACAAUGAAAAUGUGGCAUCUUUCUGAUAAAGUUUUUUUCUUUUUUUUUAGCAUAGGCUACUGGGAAUUUAUCAGUUGCAUAUUUUAGUGUAUAUUGUGAGUUCUGUACCUCAAAUCCUGAAAUAUAAUUACAUAACAAUUGCUUAUAUUUUACAAUUGUGUGACAUAACAUUAAAUAAGUUUUACUUACCCUCUAGCCUUUACUUGAUGUAAAACUUUUAUGCAAAAUCAGUAUGAACUUGUUAGGUCAUGUUUCUAAGAGAUACUUGUUUAAAGAUGUGUAAUAUGUAAUAUGUGCUCAAAUUUAAAUUAAAAGAAUAAGUUUG